AUGAGCGUUGACGGCUCUGUGGAUCUUUCCGAUCUACAAUCCCCUACCUUGAACGCCGGUAAUCAUAUGGCAAGAACCAGAAGAAGAUGGUCAAAAAGCUCGCAAGAUCAACCCACCAAACCCUCAGCUUUGGCAGACGGGGUGCAUGAAGACAUCGAUUUUGACUUCAUUUCACCAGGGCAGCUAUAUUCCACAGAAUCGGGCCGUCUUUUCCAUGCAGGAAAGAUCCUGAUCGUGCUAGUGGGUCUUCCAGCAACUUCAAAAACUCUACUUUCUGUGGCAAUCACUAGAUACACAAAAUGGCUGGGCGUGCGAACCAGUUCAUUCCACGUAUCAGAAUACCGUAGAAAAACGAUGGCAAGUAUGGACUGCACCAGCUUUCCAAAUGACUACUUUUCGGCAAAACCUACAACGGUCGAAGGUCGUAGCAAACGAAAACAUAUCCUGGAAAAGGUUCAAGAGGACAUGAUCGAGUUUUUCAAUGAAAGCAAAGGCCAGCUGGCAAUAUACGAUGCAUUGAACAUCUUAGUAGAAGAACGACUGCAUUUGCAACAAGUUUUCUCCCGGAUGAACACCAAAGUUUUGUUUAUCGAAUCUGUCAUGACAGAUUCGGACAUGAUCAAGCAUAAUGUGGAUAUGGCGUCUCAAUCUGCAGACUACGUGGGCUGGUCUCAAAAGGAUGCAUUGGCCAACUACAUGCACCGUUUAAAAGUUAACAGAGAGCUUUAUGAAGAAAUGACACCUGAAGAAGAACUGGCGUACGUCAAAUACGUCAAUUUCGGUGAAAGGCUCAUAGUCAACAACAAUCAUUUUGGUUACCUCAUUAACAAGAUUGUGUUUUUCUUGAUGAAUCUGAGAAACAAGAAGGGCUGCGUCUAUUUUGCACGUUGUGGUACCAGCACUAACGACAACUACGUCAACGAUGAGCUGCUCAAUAGCGCAGGAAUUGAAUACUCAAAAGCUUUGACAGAACUGGUGCUGAAAGUGGUUAAUGAAAGGCGUGCAUCUCAAUCCGAGCCUUUGCCGUCAUUGGUUGCAAAUUCCGAUGCUAUACCAAAUUCAUCCAGCGAAACUCCAGAGCACAAACGUUCCCCACCGACACUUCAAGUAUCGUCAGGGUUGAGUUCUCGUUCGAUGUCUCCAUCGCUAUCACCUUUACUCACAACUCGUGCAUCACUGCAAAGAACAGAAUCCACUGGUAAUGCCGCGAUGCGACAACCCGUUUCCGGGGAUGGAGGUGAUGACGAUUCAUUUGUAGUAUGGACUGCUGCCAGGAAACGUACUUUCGAUACCGCGAGAUUUUUCUACGACAAAGGAAUAAACGUCAGGCAGAGAUCUCAAUUACAACAGUUGCACCCGGGUGUCGUUGCGGACAUGGAAGAAUCAGAGGUAAGGGCAAAGUAUCCUGAAGAAUACAAGGAAUGGAUUAAAGAUCCCUAUCACUACCGUUUCCCACGCGCUGAAUCUUACCACGACCUGGCGGUGCGUAUGGAACCGCUACUACUGGAAAUGGAAAGAAUGCGGGGUGAUAUCCUGGUAAUCGGCCAUGAAUCUGUGCUAAGGGUACUUUAUGGCUAUCUAAUGGCAUGUUCGUGCCCUGAUAUUCCGAGCCUCACAUUCACAAGGGACGAGCUAAUUGAAAUAUCCUUUAGUCCUUUCGAGAACAAAGUCAGGAGAGUGCCAAUUGUAUACGAGUAA